AUGGCCUCCUCUUCUUCACCAAUCUCGGUCCUGCUUGCGGAACGCAUACUGGAGACAGUGGCAAAACUGGAGCAGUUUCACCAAGAAAAUGGACAUUCAAGGUUGUGCUUCAAGGGAGACGGGCCAUCGAGGCCUCCUCUGCCAGCAGAUCUGGAGCAACUGGUGGAGUCCGCUCUAUUUUCGCUGGAUAGGCUCACGGCUUUGUUGAGCGGGCCACAGGAAUGGCUGCGGCUGCAGUAUGGCAGAGCUCUCGAUCUACUCUCUCUCCAUGCUCUGUACCGCUAUGACAUACCUCGGCGCAUUCCUAAGAACGGCGAUAUUGCCAUCUCUGAGCUUGCUGAACAGUGCGGCGUCGAUGAAGAGUCUUUCAACCGCCUCAUACAGCACGCAGUCACAAAAUAUAACCUCUUGCAGCCACGUCCCGGUUACGUUGCUCACUCUGCGGUCUCGGCUUUCCUCGCAUCCUCGCAACCGCAGAUGGACUUGCUGGGCAUGAUCUGCGAGGACUAUUGGCCCGCCUUCCCACGCGCUCUAGACGCCAUUGCCAAGUGGCCAGAGCCAUUGCACCUCCGACCACCUCAUCACUCGGGCCACAAUCUUGCCGAGGGAACCGAUGUUGACAUCUUCGAAACGAUGAAGAAAGACCCGAAACGGUCUGCUCGGUUGGACAACGCCAUGAGGGCGUACCAGUCGAUGCCUGGCUGGGAGGCAGGCUCUGCACUUGCAGGCUUUGACUGGGCAGGCCUGAACCCUGAUGCAACUGUUAUCGAUGUUGGUGGCGGCGAUGGCACUUUUGCACGAUCGCUUGCAGAGAGAUACCCCUCACUCGGCACUAUCAUCAUUCAAGACUCGCCUGACGUUGUUCAGAGAGCAGAAGCAUUGAUACCAGCUGAGAUGCGGAGCAGAGUCAGAACCCAAGCGCACAACUUCUUCGAGCCACAGCCUGUCCGAGGCGCUGAUGUAUACUUCCUUCGCAAGAUCCUGCACGACUGGCCCGACUCAGCAGCAGUGGCGAUUCUCAAACAGAUUGUGCCGGCGAUGAAGCCUGGCUCGCGCAUCAUUUUGAAUGAGGAGUGUGUACCAGCUCCAGGUACUCUGCCCAAUCUCAAGGAAUGGCAGACACGGUCCCGCAACAUGUUACUCAUGGCUGUGAACAACGGAAAAGAGCGCAGCGAGGAUGAAUGGAUAGAAUUGGUAAAGGAGGCUGAUUCGCGACUCGUGUGGAAGCUGCUCCAGCGGGGCGAAACAAUGGCUGUUAUGGAGAUCACUUUACAGUAA